UGCUUCCUUUUCAAUGUUGUACAUGAUGUACAGCCAAUAUUUAUUCACCUAACACCAAGGUGUUUUUUUUUCGCCGUCGUGUAACUGAUUGCCUCAUUUCUAACGUUUAUUUUGAAUACAGCAACAAAUGGCUCAGCACCUGUUGACGCAGUUUCAAGAUAAUCCAGAAGCAUGGACCAGAGCCGAUUGCAUCCUCGAACGUUCAAAUAGCACGCAAUCAAAGUUCUUCGCGCUUCGAAUCCUUGAAAAGUUUAUACAAACUCGUUGGAAAGUCCUACCGGCAGAAAGUAGAAGCGCUAUUCGCAACUUCAUAGGCAAUAUCAUUGUUAAAGUCUCAUCUGAUGAAGAGACGUUUACAAGAGAGAAGACGUAUGUCAGAAAACUCAACAUGGUCCUCGUUCAGAUCCUGAAACAAGAUUGGCCAGGUUCUUGGCCAGGAUUUGUUCCAGAAAUUGUUGCUUCCAGCAAGAGCAAUCUAACCAUCUGCGAAAACAACAUGAACAUAUUGAAGAUCCUCAGUGAGGAGAUUUUCGACUUUUCUGAACAAAUGACGCAAGCCAAAGCAGACAGUCUUCGAAAAUGCAUGUGCAGUCAGUUUGCUGCCAUCUAUCAACUUUGCAAAGAAGUCUUAGAUUGCGCCAAGAAACCCGAGCUUAUCAAAGUUACUUUGGAAACACUUUUGAAGUUUCUUAGCUGGAUUCCACUCGGCUACAUUUUCGAGACCGACCUUGUCACCAUUCUUUGCAACAAAUAUCUCAUCUGCCCAGAAUACCGUAUUGCCACCCUCAAGUGCUUGACUGAAAUUGGUGGUCUCUGCGUACAAGAGAACUACAAUUACUGCCGCAAAUUCGGUGCCAUGUUCACCUGUGCCAUGACCCAUAUUAACAAGAUGGUUCCCUUGACCAAAGACUUCGAGUCAUGCUAUGCAACAGGCAUCGAUCAUUGCGACGAGUUUUUAUUACACCUUGCCUUGUUCUUGACGUCGUUCCUCGGCGCGCACGUCAAAGUCAUUGAAGAGAAAUACCCCAAUCCAAAGUUACUCAUCAAUGCGCAUAUCUAUCUUUUGAAAAUCUCCCGAGUGCGCGACUGUGAAAUUUUCAAAAUUUGCUUGGAAUACUGGCGAAGCCUCGUCCAAUCACUGUACGAAGACUAUCGCACGAAAUUGAUUGACGGUAACAUGCAAGCUGAAGGCCAACAUGACUCUCGCGCUCGCAAGUUCCUGUACAAGGACGUGUUGACUAAUUUGCGCUUGUUGAUGAUUGAACGCAUGGUCAAGCCUGAAGAAGUUCUUAUCAUGGAAAAUGAAGAAGGCGUCAUCGUACGCGAAUUCAUGAGAGAAUGCGACACCAUUGUACUCCACCGAAAUAUGAAGGAAGUACUCGUUUACUUGACCAAUCUCGACGUCAAGGAAAUGGAAAGAAUUAUGACUAGAAAGUUAGCCAAACAGAUGGACGGCUCGGAAUUUUCAUGGACAAAUCUUAAUCAAUUGUGCUGGGCCAUUGGCGCAAUUUCUGGAGCCAUGAGCGUGGAAAGCGAAAAGACGUUUCUUAUCGAAGUCAUCAAAAGUUUGCUGACGCUUUGCGAAUUGAAGCCAGGAAAAGAUAAUAAGGCUGUGAUUACUUCCAACAUAAUAUACACUGUUGGUCAAUACCCACGCUUCCUUGGAGCUCACUACAAGUUCCUCAAGACGGUCGUCGGAAAAGUUUUUGAGUUCAUGCACGAAACCCACGAAGGCGUUCAGGAUAUGGCUUGCGAUACGUUUCUCAAAAUUGCCCAACACUGCAAGCGCUCAUUCAUUCUCCCACCCACUUCCGACCAACCUCCUAUGAUCAACGAAAUCUUGGUCAAUAUGGAAUCCAUCACCUCGUCCCUAUCUCCGUGCCAGAUGAAUGUGUUUUACCAAGCCAUUGGCCAUCUGAUCUCAUCUGAGCAAUCUUACACUAUUCAAGUACGGCUGAUGACAAAGCUUAUGACGGCACCCAACACGGCAUGGAUUGCCAUUAUGGACCAAAUACGACAAGACCGAACGUCCUUGGAAGAACCCACUACUAUAAAAAUCUUACGAAAUGUGCUCAGUACCAAUACCGCGGUCUGUGCGUCCGCUGGACCCAUCUAUGGCAUUCAGUUCGGGACAAUACAUGCUGACCUCAUCAACCUUUACCAAGUAUCCGAUGAGAUUAUGGAAGCUCAAAUAGCAGAAAAAGGCGCAUUGGCCGUCAAAUUACCCAAAGUCCGCGCUGUUCGUAGCAUCAAAAAGGAUAUCCUCAAAUUGUUCGAACGCUACGUGCGUACUGCCGAAGACUUGGAAUCAUUGACCGAGGGUGUCAUGCCUGGCAUUAUGAACGUUGCUCUUUGCCAUUAUCGCAGUACCAUUGAGGAAGCCAGAGACGCUGAAGUCCUCAACAUGACGGCUGCCUUGCUUGACCGAGUUGGGCCACUUGCUUCGAUGAAGGUGCCAUGCAUUCUCCAGUGUCUGUUUGAAAGCACGCUGACCAUGAUUAGCAAUGAUUUUUGCGAAUACCCAGAGCACCGCCUAGGCUUUUACAGUCUACUCCGAGCCAUCAAUCGACGAUGUUUCAAAGCAUUGCUAUCUCUAGAAACCAGCACUUUCAAGCUCGUCAUUGACAGCAUCAUAUGGGGUUUCAAGCACACCAUGCGCGAUAUUUCGGAAAUCAGUCUUGAACUCUGCUAUGAUCUUAUCCAAAACGUGAGCCGAUGCGACACAGCUACGAGUGAUGCCUUCUAUCAAUCAUACUAUCUGUGCAUUAUGCAAGAUGUAUUCUUUGUCCUGACUGAUACCGAUCACAAGAGUGGCUUCAAAGGUCAGACCGAAGUAUUGGCCCGCCUAUUCCAGCUGGUAUCUGCCAAUGCCAUCAAAGCCCCACUCUAUGACGUUGCGACUGUCAGCAAACCUGGCAUGAGCAACAAAGAAUUCCUUUACGACUAUGUCUCUGAAUUAAUGCAGAAUGCUUUCCCGCACUUGAAGAGUGCCCAGAUUAAAGUGUUUGUCACAUCCUUGUUCGAGUACAAUGUCAAUUUGGUCAAGUUCAAGACUGAAGUUCGAGACUUUUUGAUUCAAUUGAACGAAUUUGCUGGCGACACCGAUGACCUGUAUAUAGAAGAGAAGGAAGCCGAAUUGGAACAGCAACGAAAGGCCAAGCUAGCGAAAGCUUUGGCUAUCCCCGGUAUGGUCAAGCCUGCCGACCUACCUUCUGCUAUGGACGAGGAUGGUGGUUCAUAGCUCAAAACUCUUCUCUUCUCUCCCCACUUCGAUACCUUGUUAUAUAUAUACAUAUGUACUUUUUUCACCUUCCACUUGCUCCAUCCCUCUUUUUGUAACGCAUACUGCUUCGCUAACCAAGGACUUGUUCCUUUUAUCCUAUUUAUGUUAUAAUGAAAAAAAUCUACUGUAUUGUGAAUAAACAAAAAAAGUGAAAAGAAAAAAAAAGA